GUGCGGCGGCUGCUGCAGUGCGGCGAGGACGCCGACGCGGUGGAGGCCUGCGACGAGACGCCCCUGCACCUCGCCGCGCGCGCCGGGUGCGCUGCUGCGUGCGAGGCGCUGCUGGCGGCCGGCGCGCACGCCAACGCAGUCAGCUCGAGCGAACGGACGCCGCUGGUCGAGGCGGCUCUGGCAGGGCACCAGGCUGUGUGCCAGCUGCUGCUGGAGCGCGGCGGCCACGCGGGCGGCAUCUCCGACGCCGAGCUGCCCCCGGUGCUGAGCGCGCUGUUCGUGAGCCGCUUGAUCGAGGGCAUGCCAGCGGUCUCCACGCCGCCCCCAGAGAUCGUUGGGACCGACGUGGAGGAGGAGGACGACGACGAGGCGUUCGCGCCCCAGAACUGA